CGUGGAAGCAGUUUGGCCUUCUCGAUCCCGUCUGCGAUGUGGAAGAGCUCCAGGAAAGACAUCAGCUGACACAGACUUGUGACGAGUCCAACUGAGUAGAACAUGUCGGCCAAAGCAUCUGCAGGGAAAGACUCUGAUCAGAUCCUCGUCGUGUUCGGGCUCCUGCUCGCGGUUCGCUGGAAUGUUUGGAGUGUCGCAUCCACAGAGGCGCAGUGUGGAUCGGCGGACGCAGUCUGUGGGGUCUCAGAGAGGCUCAAUCUAGGUGGUUCUGGACAUGUUGGACACUAAAUCUGAGGACCGUAGCGUGGGCGCAGUCAUGACGAGCAACUCCGGUUGUGAUUUAACGCCACAGAAAUCGGAGGGGCGCACUGAAAAGCCGGUGCGCGCUGGAGAGGAGGGAGGAGCUGAGAACCGAAUCGAGAGCAGAUAUGCGGAUUUAACUUUGGAUGAGGUAAAAACCGAUGCGAAGGAGAAGGAAAACGAGCAGAAUGCGACACUCGGGACUCAAAAUGAGGAAGGCCUGAGUAAAACAGACAGUGUAGACGCCACUGUGUCAGCGGAGCCGCGCGUAAAUACGCACGAGGAGACUGAACUAAUACUAAACGCUGAAGAGGCGGACGGCGUUGAUAACUAUCUUGGCGGUAAGAGUGAAGCUGGAGAUGAUGAGGAGGCUGGUGAUGAUGAUGAUGAUGAUGAUGAAGAGGAUGAUGUCAGCCUCGUGCUGUCGGACGACUACCUGCCGUUCGUGAAAGAGGACGAGUCUCAUUACAUCACCACCCAUGAGAUCCUGCUGUCCGAGCUGUCCGACCAUGAGGGCGACCACGACAUCCGCGUGGGUUCCGCCGCCAGCUGGGACAUCGAGGAGGGCAACCAGGUGUUUACGUUCGUGGAUUACGCCUCCCUGGAGGGCGGCGGUGGCGCGUCAAGAGAGCGGGGGCCCACAGCGGCGGCGGUCAGCAGUAGUCUGCUGGAAGGUGAUCCGAGUCCCGCAUCCAAGUUCACCAGCUCAGAUGAGUCCAAGCCUCAGCAGUGCAGCAGCACCGGGCAGAUCCACCUGUCAAUCAGGGCCACCUCCCGGGCUAUAAAUGACCACGAAAAGGGGAAUAUUCUUUAUCGCGCCAGGCGCGCCGGGGACGUGAGCCAUUAUGUGUGGAGGGGGGUGGAGGGGACGGCGGAGGGGUUUGAUAAGUGUCUGAUCGCUGCCCCAGGGCGAGUGCACUUUGGCAGGAAAGGGCGGGAGUUGACCGAGUACUCCAGCGGCACCUCCAGCGCUGUCAGCGAGCUGGACGACGCAGACAAGGAGGUGCGCAGCCUGACAGCGCGGACCUUCAAGAGCUUGGCCCACCCUUACUUCGAUGCCAUCAACUUCAGCACCUCCAGCGAGUCCUCUGCGUCCGAGCAUGGCAUCAACAGGUGGUCCACAUUUGUCGACCUGAAAUAUGGCAACAUGUCCCAUGGACUGGACCGGAACCCGACAGCCUCGUUCGAGCUCGCCAAAAACCUCGACACCAGAGGUUAUAAAGGGCUGGUGGUGGGCAAGCUUGGGCAGGGUCACGGCGGGGUGAUCCGACUCACGGAGACUUUGAAUUUUCGCUGCAACGUCAAAUCUGGAACGUCUGCUACGUUGGCGGGAUCACGUUCCUGCGCGGAUGAAGUUACCAGGAGCGCGCGCAGCAGUCAGAGGAGCAAGCCGCCGCUCAGGAGCAUGGAGGGCGCGCACAAGAAAGCCAUGUUCGCGUCCAGCCUCAUCAAAAAUGUCAUCUCCAAAAAGAUGCAAUUCGAGCAGGAGCGCAAGAUGGAGCGAGGGGAGAUCAGCGAGCCGGCUACGAGCAGCGGGCCGCAGGAGGAGGCGCACCGAGGAAAGGGGGCCAGAGAGCUGCACAGACAGACCUCGGCACUUUCAGAGUGCAGCUCGGACUACGCCAUAAUGUGCGUGGACGAGCUCGGCGACAUCGUGGACAGCGGGUCCUGCGGCUCCAGAAGACAGGACGUGUCCUCGCGGGAAGCAGAAAUCCCGGCGAGUGAAGCUGCUAAAAAAGGCGCAGCGGACGCGUCCAGGAGCGCGCUGCUGCUGCGCAGCCAAAAUAGCGCCUUCAGGAGCUGGAAGGACGAGGAGCUAGAGUUUCAGAAGGAUCAUAAAAACGAUAAAAUUGCAGAGGAGAAGCCAGAGGGAGAGAAGGACCAACAGAGCUGCACCAAACCCACCAAAAUGUCGCGUCUGUUUGUGCCAAAUAUUCAGCAGUGUUCGGGUGAGGCUCAGGAGGGAGCGACCGGAACUCUCAGUACCUCCAAAUCUCCUGAAAUAAAAAUCAACCUGAGAAGCGUCAGGGACAAUAAAGCGGAGCCGUUUGGAAUCUCCAGGCUCCGCGCUCCAAAUUUGGGCUGCAAAAUCGACGAGUCCAAAUGUCAGAACCUGCUGGCCGCCGCCCGCAAAGGUGAGUCCGCUGAUAAAGUCCCGCACUUCACGGUCAGAGACAUCAGAGAUAACAGCAAAGGGAAACUGCAGACCCCCAUUCAUCAAGUGAGAGACGUAAGGAAGCUGGUGAAAAGUUCUUAUCAUUUUGUGUCUCUGGACCAUCAUGAGAGCAGAACCACGGACAGUCACUCAGAGAAGAAGAAACACAGAACCCCCACCUCUGUGUCCCCCAUCAUUAUCAAGUGCCAGUCUGUCAACACAAACAGCAAACCACCAGAACUACUGAAAAGUGAAUCGCUUGAAGGGGACAGGUUGUCGCCAGACGGCGCAAAAGCUGCGCACCAGCAAAGGCCACCAGGUCGACAGGAGGAGGCUGGGUUCAGGUGUGACAGUAGAACCACGACCAAAAAGGACAAAGUCAUAGAUGUUGUCAGCAAAAGUUCUGAUCCAAAGGCAACAAACAUGGUGGCACUGGAGAAGCUGCAGGCCGCGGUGAAGACGAUGGAGCAGCUCUACGUGUUUGAUAAUAAUGAGUGGAAGAGGAAGAACGAGCCGCAGCAGCUGCUGGACAGCCAUGUGCUCUCGCUACUGGCCACUGAAGACCACGGUGAAGACCUGACCACCGAGUCCACCAGCGAGAAGAUGGCGCGAGCUGAUUCGCACAAAACUCCCCCAACAGUAUCAGCAUCCCCAGGCCUGGUGAGGCAGGACGACCUGAGUAAGGGCUCUCACGGGUCGGGCGGUAGUGAUGACAAAUUUCGGGUCAUUCAAACCGGAGCGUCUGGUGUCAAGGCCUCCGCUAGCAUCAGCACAAAACCCAAAACAGUCACACAGUCGCCUUUUAGCAGCAAAAGCUUCACACCAAAGUCACCCAAAGUACCUCAGAAGACCAGUCAGAUCAAGGUGAGCAGUUCGGACGGAGCAGGUUCCAGGGAAAAGGACGGCCCUUCACUGAACACUUCAAUCACACCAGUGGAUAAUGGGAAUUACUUGACCAUCCCUGUCAAGUCUCAACCCUCCACCAGCAAGACUGACAAGGUCCUCACAGUUUCUGCUCUGUCUCAAACCACGUCGCCUCCAGGACCCUCAGGAGCUGGUGCCCGGGUGGAGGACAUCAGCCAGCCCUCUCCACGGAGCUCCAGCAUUACUUUGGAGACACGAACCCCGGAGAUUCCUUCUGCCACUAUUUACCACUCCUUACCUUUAGGAGUGUCUCCAGGCCAACAGCAGGUCUACUGCUUCUCUCCAGCCAUCACACCCACUCCCACUCUGGAUCCAUUUCAAGCCACUCAAAGGAAGAUGCUCUUGGAUCCCACCACUGGGAACUACUACUUGGUGGACACUCCGGUCCAGCCUUCUACCCGCCGGCUCUUCGACCCAGAGACCGGCCAGUAUGUAGACGUGCCAAUGCCACAGACCCCCGUCACCCCUGUGCCCAUGUCCAUCUCACCUUUGGCUCUCAGCCCAGGUGCGUACGGACACACCUACAUGAUCUACCCUGGCUUCAUGCCAGCACCUUCAGUCAUCCCAGCACGGACCCUGGUGCAGUCACAGAUGUCGGUGCAUUCUGAUGGUGAAGGAGGGGACAAAGCUCAGUCUCAGCCAGCGGAAGGUCUCUACAUGGACAGCCCCUUCUAUAUGUCCACAGGAAAGUCCCCUCAGACAACAUCAGGGACUCCCAGUCAGUCUAGUGGCAGCAACAGACCUGCUCAAGGCUUCUCCAACGUCAAGCAGCCCAUCAUCAGCAUCACCUCGCAGCAAGGGCCUCGCAUCAUUGCGCCUCCAUCUUUCGAUGGGACCACCAUGAGCUUUGUGGUCGAGCACAGAUGAGCCGGGCAGGACUCUGAUGGACAUCUGCCAAAAAUGAGUGGACAUUUGUAUCUGCUUCUCAGUUUUCUUUGACCCAUUUGUGAAAAUGUGAAUUCAAGAUUCAAUCUUUUGCACCACGGCUGAGGACUUCCUCAUCGUCUCGUGUGAAACUAAUAUCACUGCAGGAAGCAGGUAACAUUGUUUUUCAAAAAGCUCGUUGUAAUAUUUUAAAAUAUUUUUGUUUAUAAUAAUUACAAUUGAGAUAAUCAUAAUCUCUUUUUGGUCAGAAUAUAUAUGAUAUUAAAACAACAGCUGAGGUUUAUAAGCAAGUUUUGUAACGUCCUGUAACAAGUAUAGAGCUUUACAGUAGAAUUUCAGCUCUAUUGAAUUACAUAACUGAGUGUUUUUCUCCCCAUGAAGAUGAGAGUGUUUUUUUAUUUACAUAUUUUGAGGUGAAAACUGUCUUGCUGUUCAAAUUGGUUUUGUUUUUCUUGAUUGUAAAUGGCCUGUUUGUUGGAUCUGCUGGCCAGUCCAUGGCUUUUCCUGUAUUUAUGGACCCGUUGGGUGGAUUGUGCUUUUCUCUUGAAAUGAAAUCAUUGUCAGUUGCUUUAAAAAAAGGUAUGCGUCAUCAUUGUAUUGCUCCCUCUGUCGCUUACAGAACUGCAGCUACUAACAAGCUGCAGGGUUGCAGUGCCAACCGUGUGUGUGAAGAAAAAACAUGUUGCAUGUACACGUCAUUGUCAUUGCCAACAUCUGCUAUCUUCCUAUGACACUGUUCUGUAGCUUCCAUGCGCCAGGAUGCGAUGAACAGAACAUGGAUCCCAAAAUAUUACACUUUAUAUGUUACAUGUCACUGUGUGAUCUAAACAGACCAAUCUCAAAACAGCUUACAAAGAAAUAGUGAAAAAUAUGAAGAUGACUGAAUUGGGGCGGCUGUAAAUAAGACAUUCUCUAGAGAUGGCGAUGUAAUCCAAAGUGGAUAUGGGUAUUAAAGAUUGAAAAACAUAUCAUUCGUAUUCUACAUUCAAUCUGCUUCUGAUUCAGCUGCUGACUUAUUAAAUGAAUGGCAACAGUUAACAUCUAGGGAAUACUUUUUUUUGUGUAUAACUUCAAUGUGAACCACUGUUUUUUUUCUCCUGUCCUCUCCCUGUCUGUGGUUAUUGUUGUCACCUUUGUAUUAAGUGAUAUUCGAAUACUUAAGUGUCAAAUAUGUGUAAUAAUGUAAAUACCCACUAGUCUCCAGGAGGUGCGGCGUUGCCUCCCAGAACCUUUGCUAUAAUGAACUCUGUGGUUGGAUUCGGAUGAGCGCUGAGGGAAACUGCAAGUGUGAAAAGACAAUUUGAAGCCAGAAGGACUUCUUUAGGGACGACGAAGUGAACCAUGGAUGUUGUGUCUCUGUGACAACGACUCAUCAAGUGGGACAUUUAUGCUGUGACCAGUUUUUUUUUUCGACUGUGAAUGUUUAAUAAA